AGAGUGGCCAGAGACUCCAGGGUUCAGAGACUCUCAGUGUUAGUUGUGUGACUGGUGUGUUGAGGUGGAAUCGCUGCCUUCAAGUCCGCGUGUUUUUAGUAUCGCGGUUCGAAUUUUUGUCUGAGGUGCAUUUUGUGCCGCGUUGGAGGGAACACAGUGAUAGGGCAUUUCCUGUGCCCAAUCAAUAUCCCACCCUCAUAUCUAGCCCCGCAGCUGUGUUUGAAUUUUCCAAUUUGUCCCCGAACUUUCUUAUCAGAGAGAAAUCAGUGGAGAGAUAUCGUGAAACGAGGAGAUACACAAAGCCCAUGAGACUUCCAUCAUGACCAGUGACUCACCUGAAAUUACUAAGUGUGGGCUCUAAGUGAGUGUUCUUGUGGAUUAUUUACACCACAAAAUACUUGAGAAAGAUUCUCAAUUCUCACGAGCAUCGACGGAUUGUGAUAAUGUGAGGGAAAAGUGCAAUUAAUCCUGAAACAUUGUAGCUUUAAGAAAAGCCCUUUAAUUCCAUCAAUUUUAUAUCUUAUCAAAAAAUAGAGUGUCUAUAUUAUUUGAUAUUGUUUUUUUUCACUCAUCUUAUGCCUCAAUCGUGUGGAAAAUUUCGUGGCAAAAUAGCAAUUUUUCUGAACUUGUGUUCCAUUUAGCGCAAUUAUCUUGCUUCUUUUCCCGCAUUCUGACCAAAAUUGGAAUAAAAAUCCCACAGUUGUAUUGAGUAAUCCCAAUACCAGUAAAACCGAUAAAUUUUCAGUGAGACAAUCAAUAACCAGAGUGUUCAAGUGACAAAAAGUGGAUUUUCCCUAAUCAAUUUAAGAAAAAAAAACAUGAGUUCAUAAAACAUUAAUAAUUUUGUUCACUUUCGUGUGUGAAAACUCAAAUAAAAAGAGAUCAGUUUUUUUUAAAUUGAAGGAGAAAACAAAAAAAAAUUAAUGUGAUUUCGUGCCGGUGGGUGAUAAAUUUUUCUCAAAUUGUUUUAUGCAAAAGGAAUUUCUAAAUAGAAAUUCCCUUAUCAUAGAUUUUAAGUGAUGGCAACAGCAGCUAAGAAAACCAAACCAACCCUCGAAGAUUAUAUAUUUGACAUGGAGACGAGGCCACCAGACAAUGGAAAGUCCUCAGAAGGGGAUCUCUGGGCACAGUUGCAGCAGAAGGAAGCUGAUCUGGUCCUCGCAGCUGAGCUGGGCAAGGCCCUGCUGGAGAAGAAUGAGGAACUGGCCAAGCAGCAGGAGAAAAUCAUUGAGGAGUACUCGACAAAACUCGAGAACUUGGAGCAGGAGAAACAUGUGCUGCGUCGGAAAUUGUCUAUGGCACAGAGCGAUGGGGAUCAGAGGGUGUUGGAGUUGCAGGCGGAUCUCAAGGAAUUUCAGACAAAAUUGGAGGCACAGGAGCAAAAUGUGCGGCAGGCAGAGCGAGAAAAGACCCUCCUGAUUGAGGAACUAACAGCACAGAAUGCCCGACUGACAUCGCAAUUGCAAGAGGCAAAUCAUCAAGAGGCUCAGCUCACGGCACAAUUGCAGGAAGUACGAGAUCAGUACAGUUUGCGCAACACGAGUUUACAGGAUCACGUGAGCAGUCUUGAGAGUCUCAAGGAUGAGCUGCGCCUUGUGGCUGAGAAGAAGAGUGAACUGGAGAAGCGAUUGCAGGCGUGUGUGCGCGAAAGGGAUGCCUUGAAUGCUGCCUUGGAGGAGGCCUCAGACCGGAUACAUUCACUGGAGCGCCAUGCGAGAGAGCAGGAGACAAAAUUACAGACCACCAUUCGGACACUGGAUCGCCUCCAGCGGGAGAACAACACGCUGACUGAGCGACUUGAGUAUGCGGGCAAUCAGGGAUCACCCAAAUCCACCCAGGGACCACGGUCACUUCUCGCCGAGAUGGAGUGCGAGGAGGAGCUCGAUGGUACGACGGAGGAUCAUCAGAAUAAUCAGCAACACCCGCAUCCUAUCAUCAUGGAAGCCAAAGCGGUCUACAAGCAGCUAAAGACACUCUGUGGCACCCUCAAAAGUACCCAUGAUGAUGAUUCCGGACUCCAUUCGGAUCUCUCUCUGGGCUCCAUGGACAACACAAUCUCCUCCCAGCCAUCAGAUUUCGGCCUCAAUGGUGCCUCCGACAAGGAGCCCUUCCGGCAGGGAAUGCUCUCAGCUGCAGCUGAUGAUCUCAUGAGGAGCAUCAUGGCUCUGGAUUCAGUUCACUUCAAAGCGAUGCUGGAUCAAGCCAGGGCUACAAAUGCGGACCAGGAAGACGAAUUGAGGCGGCGGCAGGACAUUAUCAUGGAGCUCGAGAGCAAGUUAUCCGUGUGUGAAGUGGAAUUGAAUAGUGCUCUAGAGGAGAGAGAUCAGGCUCGAAAGGAUGCAAGUCAGAGUUCCCUGGCACAGGAUGAGGCAGUGGCACAGGCGAGACUGGACAGAGACAACGCCGUGUCGAGGAGGACGAAGGCUGAGGUGGAUCUUGCGAAGACGCGUGUUGAACUGAUGCAGGCUAAUGGACAGCUUCUAGAAGCCAUUCAGCAGAAAGUUGAGCUGUCUCAGCAACUUGAACAGUGGCAGAUGGAUAUGCAUGAACUGAUUGAGGAGCAGAUGAAGAUGAAACUGAAUGAGACAAACAGGAGCAAACAGACCAAAUCAGAUGCUCCUCCAGUGCCUAAGAGAACGUAUAGGAUCCUGAGUCUGUUCCAGCGAUGAUCACCAGGAGUCAACAAAAUAAAAACUAUUCCUGUGCAUUUAAUCCUUCACAGAUGGCACCACCGCCUACGUCCUUUCCUUCUCACGGGACAGAUGGCGCUAGUGCCUCUGUAGCGUACUCACUGAGAGUUUAUAGAAUUGAGAUUUUGUGUGGGAAAGAGCAUCCCAAGUACUGCGAUAAUCCCACGAGGAACAUAUUCUACCUUCAUGUUGUACUUAAUUGGACCAAAUUAAUUUUUAAUGUAGCCUAAUUCUUUUCCUUCUAUUUUUUCCCGUUUUCUACUUCUUCGAUGUAGUUUUAACUUCAGCGCUUCUAUUACUUCUUCUUUUGAUUAAUUUAUUAUCGAUUGCGUGUUAUUUUUUGCUCCUUCUGUGCUGUUGUUGUACCGAAAUGAGAGAGAAAUUAAUUACAUUCCUUAAGAGCCUUCAAUGCGUCUCUCAUUUGGGGAUGAAUAUGGUUCUAUUUGUGGGAAUUUAACUGAAAUUUCCUGAAUUAAACCACGAAUGUGCAUGAACUUUUGGGCACAACUCUGUGAGCUCCUGUGUCUUAUUUUCUAAAUAAAUAAAAAAAAACAAAUAAAACUCGAAAACGACGAAGAAUUAAUCCCCCAAAGAAUUUAAGAGAAAUCCUAAUUAAGCUUGUUGUCAGGAUUUUAACUGAUUUUUUUCUAUAGAUAAAUUCUUAUACUAAAAAAAAACAAUGUUAACUAUACUGUGUAAAAUCACUCUAAAAUGAGAAAAUAUUUAGUUUAGCCAAGUGAAUCCUUUGCACGUCUUUGUAAAAUCCUUAAACAUUUUACCAUGUUGAAUUGUGAGAGAGAGAGAAGAGCAGAUUGAAAAAGGAAUAAAGUUUUUUUGUGGAAAAACACAAA